UAAUGACAGUGCCGACUUUGUAAUUGACCGCGAUGUCGAGUUCAAACGGAUGCAUUGUUUUUUUUCUCACACCUGCAAUGCUAGGCCCGUUCUCUUAUUAUUUUAUUCCAAAAAUAGUUAUAUUAGCCAAAACACGUCAGUUUACAUUUUCUGACGAGCGAUUAUAGUUUUUGCACGAACGAUCUGUCGUUCGUGUCGAUAUUGUUUUUGCAUUAACCGAAUUUUAUGCCCUGAAUACCCCCACCCACCCUCUGUAACGCUAAAUAACGUUUGCAUCUAUACCCACCCACACCCGUGAGCGUUACAUAUCUUUAUUUAAAAAUGUUCAGUGGUCCAUCUAGGGGUUUGGUAGCCAAAUUAAAAAAAUGACCUUUAUUUUUUUGCGAAUCUGCAAGUAUUCAUAGAUGAUAAACCAGAAAAUGUAUUAUUGGCAUUUACCCGCAUCUGCAGAAAACAGGAGCUAUUUUGGUAUGAUGCCCUCAAUUGGCUAGUGGAAAGUGCUAUCCGCGAAAGAAAAUAUAGUCUCGGUUAUGCCAAAAAAGCUUCAAAAACGAAUAAAAAAUAUUCUGUGUUUAUCAAUAUUUAUUUUCACCGAUACUUUAUUAUGAUUCGUCAUUUGUGGUCCACUUGAUGUACUCAGUACUGGCGAGUGUAUGAUACCAUGAUAACUGGAUGAUCAAGAUGUCUUCCCUUCAUCGUACACCUGAUUCCUCACUGCAAAGUCAGAAUGAUAUAACACUAGUUAACUAUGAAGAACAGAUUUAUCAGCCGCAACAAACUCAGAAUGAUAUAACACUAGUUAAGUAUGAAAAAAAGAUUUAUCAGCCUCAACAAACUCACAAUGAUAUAACACUAGUUAACUAUGAAGAAAAUAUUUAUGAGCCGCAACAAACUCAGAAUGAUAUAAUGCUAGCUAACUAUGAAGCAGAAAGUUGUCAACCACAACAGACUCGGAAAGACGUAUUACUAGAUACGACAGAUCAGCCUCAUCAAACUCGAGAUACGGCCAUCCAGACUCAAACCAGCACUGCACAAUCCUCAACCCAGACAGAUAUAUCGCUGCUGUUUAAUCAGUCACGAUCUUUAAAAACUGUAAAGCUAGACGAAAUUCAACCUGAGGUGUGCCAGCUGAUUACAAAUCAGAAUAUUUUGAUACAGCAGCUGCAGUCUCUGUUGCAGGCUCAUCUGCAGAAACUUAUCAAGAUCCGUCCAUGUCUUCAACCCACCCAGUCUUCAAAGUGUAGCAGUCCUGUUGAGAGUAUACCGACAAACAAGAACUGUGAUGUAGACGUAAGUCCUAGUCAUUCAUCUCAACAGUGUUCAAACCAUAAGUCAUCAGAACAUGUUAGAUAUAAAUUGUCAUCUAAUUCAACAAGCAAUUUUAGAUCAGGACAGGCUAAAAUUCCAUGUACUUUAAAAUCUGGAUUGGCCACAAAUGAGUUGACCGCGGGUUCAGCAAAUAAUAUGAGAUCAGGAAAGGCCAACAUUAAAGUCUCAUCAAGACCAGAAAAGGACAACUUCGACAGAAUUACAUUCCAGAAGAGUCCACCAAAAAAUAGAUUUUCACCUGGUUCAGUCCUGCAUCAGUUACAACACGAUGAAGGGAUUCCGUCUGUCACUGAAGUACACAGACUUCAAGAAUUAACUGAGAUAAAAAACAAGGUGGCUGACCUAGAAGUACAGAGUUGUGACAUUAACGUAUCAGGCAUGGAAGUAGAUAGCUGUGAUAUCCAUCUGGAAGAUACUGAAAUAGAUAUAUCUUAUAUUAAAAACGCAAACCUUGAAAGAGAUACGUGUGACAUUAAUCAAUCACACAUUGAAGCAGAUAUCUCUGACAUUAGACAGUCGGACAUGGAAACAGACAACUGUGAUAUCAACAAAUCAACAAGCAGCAAAGAAGCAAAUGACAUCAAACAAGAAGAAGUAGGAGACAUGACAGACAUUAAUGCUAGAUUCGAUUUCAGUACGAAGAAGCCAUUUAUGUGCAAGAUAUGUGCAGAACGUUUCUCAAACAUUGAGCAUCUUCAAAGUCACAUCACUGUCCAUACACAAACCUCUAAUGCACAGUAUCUCGAAAGAUAUGUAUCUGCCUUUGUUGGGGAUGCUCCAUUCAAGUGUGAUAUUUGUAAAAGGCAUUAUGCAACUACUAUUCUGCUUGAGACAGAUGUUGCAAGACAUCUUGUCAGAAAAGCAGCUACCUGUGGGUUAUGUUCAGCAUCAUUUGUAUGUGACAAGACUCUACAGGCACAUAAGCGAAUCCAUUGUGAUGUCAGAUCGUUUGAAUGUCAAGUUUGUCACAAAUGCUUUAAGUCAAAAUAUUACUUUAAAAUUCAUCAGUUGAAUCAUUCAGAUGGAACGACAUUCAAGUGUGAAGUUUGUGACAAGCGCUUUAAAAUGAUUGCUUCCUACAAAAAACACAUGGUCAUUCAUUCUGAUAAGAAAAAUCGUUACAAGUGUGGACUGUGCUCUAAAGCUUAUGCUAUUAAAGAAAACCUCAAAUUACAUCAAACGGUGCAUCACUUAAAUGUGAAAUUCCAGUGUGAUCUUUGUCACAAAACCUUCCAAGCGCCCUAUUAUCUAAAGAGGCACAUCAGAUAUUUUCAUACGAAUGAAAAGCCUUUUAAAUGUGAAGUUUGUUCAAGAGCUUUUAAGAUAGCUGCCUCGUUAAGAUGUCAUAUGCAGGUUCACAAUAAGCCUGAUCUAAAAUGUGAAGUCUGCUCAAAACGUUUUAAGUUUGCUAAAAUGUUUGAGCGGCAUAAGUUGGUUCACAAUGCUGGAGGUGGAAAAUACUUUCAGUGUGACAAAUGUCCUAAAAGUUAUGAUACAAGAUAUAAUCUCAAUGCACACCAGUCAGUGAUUCAUUUAAAGGUGAAUUAUACAUGUGAUGUUUGUUCGAAAUCCUUCACAUCAUUUCAUUACAUGAAGAAUCACAGAGCCAUCCAUUUCGAUGAAGUAAAGAUUGUCUGUGAUGUCUGUUCUAAGAGAUUUAUUAGCAAGUCAUCUUUGCGAGAACAUAUGUCUAUUCAUUCCAGUCAGAGAUUCAAAUGUCAGGAGUGCACAAAGACUUACAAGUCGAAGUGCGCUCUCAGGCUCCACACCAUUAUUCAUAAGACAGGAAAGCCGUACAAGUGUGAAGUCUGCUCAACAUGUUUCUUAGCGCGUUCCCAGUAUCAACAGCACUUGAACAUACACACUGGACUGAAACCGUACACUUGCAAGAUAUGUUCCCUUGACUUUUCAAUGCGUCGUUACCUUGUAAGACACUUGAGUACUCACACAGACAAGCAACUGUACAAAUGUGAUGUUUGUUCCAGGACGUUUAGGUCCCGCGACAGUCUUAAUACACAUCAGUGGGUCCACACUGGGGUGAAACCAUUUUUGUGUGAAUUUUGUUCAGAUACUUUUACAUGUGCUCGGGGUCUUAAACGUCAUAUGAUAACUCAUUUGACAGAGAAAGAGUUUUUGUGCGAAGUUUGUUCAAAGAGUUUUAUUGCUGCUCAGAAUCUCAAAAAUCAUAUGAAGACUCAUUCUAAAGAAAAAGAGUUUUUGUGUGAAGUUUGUUCAAAGAGUUUUAUUGCUGCUCAGAAUCUUAAAAAUCAUAUGAAGACUCAUUCUAAAGAAAAAGAUUUUUUGUGUGAAGUUUGUUCAAAGAGUUUUAUUGCUGCUCGGAAUCUUAAAAAUCAUAUGAAGACUCAUUCUAAAGAGAAAGAGUUUUUGUGUAAAGUUUGUUUGGAGAGCUUUGUUGAUUCUAAGAAUCUUAAAUCUCAUAUGAAAACUCAUCGUACAGUGAAAGAGUUUUCAUGUGAAGUUUGCUCGAAGCAUUGUGUUAGUGCAAAUGGUCUUAAAUGUCAUAUAAAAAUUCAUGAGAAGUGAAGCAGUAAUUAUGAGAUUGGUUCGUUUUGUUUUGCCUCCUUGGAAUAGAUGUUGAACUUCAUUCUAAACCUCUUUGCAUCACGACUGGUAUAUCAAAGGCCGUGGUAUGUUCUCCUGUCUAUGGGAUGGUGCAUA